CUUUAUUUAAUCACCAAGACGGGGGGAGGGAUGUCACGGCUAACUUACUGCUGAAGAAUUUUAAGAAUUCCAGGUUGGUGUUCUAAUUUAAUUAGGAUGAUGACAAUGAUACGAGCCAGAGAUCUCUUGGAAAUAGCCUCUCUACUUCUGUACUUCGUAGUAAGGACGAGGUCUACAUACACAAAUUUGGUGCCAAAAUCGAGUAUCCAACGGUCCUAUUUUUAUUUCAAUCAUUUAACCAAAUCCAAGCCAUAGAUUACAAGCAAUGUUAAUUUUGUGAUAUCAAAGGUAAUUGAUGGGAAUUUGUUCUCUCCCUAUCCCGCCCCAAGAUAUUAUUACUGUGCUUCUCUCUCCCACCAAUCCACGUAUCUAUCUUUUCCUUUCUCUACACCCAAUUCACAAUUCCUAAAAAAAUGACCUUAUUCUCCAUUCACUUGCGAUAGAAUAUAACGACCUCAGCCGCCUCAUUUUUCUUCCCCAUCGCACGCGCACCCUGAGCCCUGGGCUAAUCCCUAGCACCGGAAGGGCGAAAAUGCAAAGGGCGAAGAUGAAUGUGAUGAUCCUUUGUAAGCUGUUUUUUGACUUCCUAAUUCUAUAGCUUAAAUGAUUGAUUUAUAUUUUUCUAAUACAGUUAAACAUGAAUUCAAGGUAUUUAUGCGAAAAUUGAUGCAUUGUUGUCACCGGUGACAUUGUUCAUGUGAUAGGAGAAUUUGAUGGCCAACACCAUUUCUGAUAUUAUUUAUCUUCAUAAAAUAACAAUGAGAAAGACAAAGAAAUAAUUAGAAUCUUUUUCCCAAAAUUUGUUAUGGAGUGAGCUGCACCAUGAGGGAACAUUGAUCUAAUGAAGCUUGAGGAUAGAAAUCCUUUAAUAUAAAAUUUGAGAGUUGAUUGCUUAGAAUUAUGACACGUGUCACUUGGAGAAUUUUAUUUUAAUUACAAAUCAGCCUUCCACGCUUCAUUUGUUGGAGCCUCUAGCCGUUCAACCUUUUUCAGAAAGAAAAGUUUCCUUUCUUCGUUCCAGGCAAAUCGGCGAAGAAGGAACCCCAGGAAAAUCGCGAUUUCAUACAUCUAUUCAAGGAUUAACAAUUAUUCAAUCAAUAUGAAGAAUAUGACUUUGGGAGGACUGGGAGUCUUGCAACAGAAAAUGUUGAGCUAAAAGGACCACUGGAUCAUUCUCAUUAGUUGUUUAUGUUCUUCUGGAUAAUUCUAGAUAUGGGGUUGGACUCUUCCUUGCUCAUCUCAAAAUGGCAGGUUCCUUGAUUAAUAGUUGCAAGACAAACUCAUCAAGAUUCUACAUGCAUUUUAAAUCUCUACCUUAUUGUCGUGGAGGACAACUCAAAAGUGUUGGAUACAUACUCUAUUUUCAAAAUAUUGCUUGCUGUAGUCAUAGGCGAUGAUCAUUCUCACUCCUAGUGUGCCUACAAGCCCCUAGGAAUAAUUUAUAGGGAUAAAAAACAAGAGUCCCUAAGGGAGGACCAAAAACAAUUUAAAAGAGAAUUUAAAAGAAGAAUGAGAAACUAACUAUAGGGACCAAACUCAUUUAUAGAAUGAGCUAUAAAUUAUAGUGCCCAAUUUUUUGUUCUUUUUUGUCAAAAAACCGAAUGACAAUUUUAUGUUAUCAAUGGUGGCCUACGUUUUCAUUUGAAUAUUCUUUUUGACAUAUUUCUGAACUACAUCUACUAUAUUGUCCUUUGGGAGCUCAAUAUUUAUGUAUUCUGUAGCAAAAGGAUUUAUUACUAUUCUGAAUUAGUUGUGGAAUACCAUUUGUGUGUCUUCUUGGAGUCUAGAUUUUUUGCUUUACUAUGUGUAUAGAGGUGCCAUAAAAGGAGAGCCAUUCUGCUAACAAGGUCUAGUUGGAAAAGUUUGAUAUUGUUUGGUUGUUUGUAACUUCUGCUUGCAGCUUCAUUUUGUUUGUCUCUUUGCUUUUAAGAGUUGUAUUUUUGUUGUUGGAUUGCUGAAUUUAGAUGCAACAAUCUGUCCACAAAUCUUGAUCUCUAUUUUUUGGUUGGUGAUGAACUUCGAAGAUGUACAUGGAGCUACUUUUUGCUGCAUCUUCAAUCUGUAGGCUACACUCUUAAAGUUGUUUUUGGUCCUUGAUUUUAGGAUUUAAGUUAUUUGGUUUCCAUAUAUGCCGCUACAUCCUUGUUCCACCUCAUCGUUUGUGUGUUGCUCAAUUUUUCAUUUUUUUUCUAGAGAAUCCUCUGCAAACCUGUGUGUUGGUCUGAUCAAUUUGACAUUAGGUUUUUGCCAAUUGUUUUUCCUAAUUCUGUAUUUCGAUUUUUGCCAUUCUCUUGCCACUCAAUUUGACAUUAGUGAUAUAUUAACCAUUUGUUCGGAAGUGUGAAACAUGAGCUUUUUUAGUGAAUUUAGACUUGAAGAUGGGAUAUACUUGUUCAAAAUAUAUUUGGAAGUGUAACAAUGAAAGCAAUUUGUUUCUUAUGGUUUGAUUUUUGGACUGUGGCAAGUGUGAUGUGAUUUCUUUGAAUGGAAUUGUGAACUAUCGAGUAGAGCAUAUUAGGGCAAAGACUUGAGAUAAUCUAUUAUUGGGUUAUAUGUCUAUGCUCUGAAAUAUGCUAUGUGUUUGUUUUUUAUUCACCACCAUUCGCAUUUACAGAUUUAUGAUAUGGAUUCUGUUGUAUUUAUAAUAAUUCAAUGUUGGUUCUACAUGCAUGGGUUUACAAGUGUUGGUGUUAUUACGUGUUGAUGGAACAUGGGACACUCAUGGCAUUUUCACUACAAAGUAUAACAUUGUGAUCGAGGUCCCUAAUGAUACUAUGCUUUCAUCUCUACUAGACAUUCUUAAAUGUGCAAUAUGCAUCGAUUGGUCUCAGAAUGGUGUUCGUCUGUCUUGCAUUGUUGAGUCCUACCCCCACUUAUUGUCUUUACCGAUAAUGCGGAAGUACAUCACUAUUUGAGUCCUUACCGAUCGUUGAUGUGCACACAAAUCUAUAGUACGUGCACACAAAGUGCCUACUUUAUAUACAUGACUGUUAUGUCAUUUUAUGGAAAAACAAAUUCAAAAACACCUACUAUGUCAAUUUAUCGGAAACAAAACACUGCAUAAACUGGAAGUGUGAUG